UGGAAUAAAUGUUUCAUCUCUGAAAACAUCGCUGGCCAGGAUAAAGACAUGAACUUGUUGUGGCCCGGAGUCUUAGCAUGAAAUAUAGACUUUGUCAAACGUUCUCUGUCCAAAACCAACCAAGCGUGAAGUUUACGGUGCAUUUAGAUAUAUCUGUAACAGGAAAAACGUGUAUUUGACGAAAAAGUUUGAUUAGUCAUUUUUGUAUAUUACGCAAAAUAAAUUGUCUAAUAGUUUUACACGUACAACAGACAUUACGUGGGAUUAGAAAUCGAGUGUGUUCCUGAUUAACAUUAUAAGGUAUUAACAAGGUCGUUUAAAAUGGCACAUAGGAUUCCUAUUCAACAAGACGACUUAAGUUUCGAAGAACGACAAAGCAAAGUGUGGGAGGAUAUGGAAAAGGAUAUGGAGAGGAGAAGAAAGGAAUGGGAGGAUGAGAUUGAAAAAAUGAGGGGCGGAUUCUUCAAUCUCCGCCCUAGCAGCAAUGGAAAAAUCGAGGCCUUAACGGAUAAGCUUGGAAGCUCGGACGAUGCGAAAACUGUUAUUGAGAAAGAUCAGUUUGGACGGCCUGUGUUUCGUGUCCGAUUUAACGUGAGUGAGUACAAACCAGAGGAAGUCAAUGUGAAAAUGGAUGCACAAAAACUCAUUGUCAACGCCAAGCACGAAGAAAAGGCCGGUCAGCGAUCAGUGUCUCGUGAAUACAGCCGCGAAAUCAAUAUUCCAGACGAAAUCGACCCAAUGGCCCUGCACUGUACUAUAUCCUCUGACGGCGUUCUUACGGCUGAGGCUCUCAUGCCGGUCCCGAACUACGCACCCAUAACUGACAACACGGGGACCCAAAGGCUGGUCCAAAAUGUAAGCUCCCCCGUGUCCAGUACCCCACCCCGGAGCACCCCACCUAUGGGCAUCCAGGUACAAAACUUGCCCCCAACAACCCAUACGUCCACGUUUACAACGUUUAUGUCCCCUAAAAGCGGUACCGCAUCCCCACCCCAACCGCCUUACCCCGGGGCUAGCGCCAGUACUGCGCAUGUAACCAACACCAACAACCUUCAGCGCACCUACUCCGCUCCCCCUUCACACGUUACGUCAUCAUCCAGCACGAGUAAAUACGAAACCCGGAGCGGCUCGCAGUCCCCGGCAACGACAAUGGACAGGGAUAAAAAGUACCGCGUGGAGAUAGAUAUUGAAGACUUCAACCCGGAAGAUCUGAAUGUGAAAACUGUAGACAAGAAACUUGUGAUCAGUGCCAGGAAGGAGGAAAGGAUCGGGUCGCGGACCUCUACAAAGGAACUGAACCGAGAGUUUUCGUUACCGGACACAGUCGAUCCCAUGUCAAUUAAAGCCUUCUUUUCGGAGUCCGGGAAACUCUUAGUGGAAGCGCCUAUGAUGCGUCCCAUUAACGUGGGGCACUAUCCUGAAGCACGCGAAGGCAGUCCUCAUUUCGGAAUGGGUUCCCCUCUGUCCGGUCGAUGACAAUGAGAUAAUAUAUUAUUUAAUUAAUAUUCUUCUUUUUUUCGCUGUCAGUGAUAAAUAUCUUGUCUGCAUCCUUCAUGGUUAUCAAGUAUCUGGACUGGACUAUGAAUGAAAUAGGACAUUACGGUUUAUCAUGAUAUAUGACAGAUCUGCAUGUGAAAUCACAGCCUGCGUUGUAUUUUGUUUAGGAAUAUACAAUGUACUAGCAAUAAUUUCAAUUACCAAAGACUACUAGUAUUUCAAUGUUAAUCAACCUCAUAUUUGCUAAGUUUCUUUUGCUUCCUUUUUUUUUUUUUUUACACAAAAUUAAUGUGCAUUGCGGGUCAUUAUGAUAUUAUUUAUUAAUUUACUGUCUAAUAAAUACACAUAUAUGUA